AUGGCAAGCUCACUUACUUUUGGCGUGGAGCUAGAAUUCCUGAUCGUGUACCAAGAGGGCGUCUUUAACAAGGAACUACCAGAACUUAUACCACACGGCAGGGAAGAACAUCAAAAAGAUGGAGCGCYUGGGCCGAUCCAAGUCAUUCACCACCUACUCGAAUCUCACGGAAUCAAAGCCAGUGAAGAGGAAACAUACGAACGAUGGCACGUCCAAUUGGAGGAAUUGGAACUGUCGCAUAAUGAGAGGCGCGCUGUGCCCGAUGGUUAUCUCCAAAGGGGCAUUGAAAUAUCCUCCCGGAAAUUUACCGCCACAGAAGACUGGGAGCAAGAGGUGCGUGCCGUGCUUUCAGUACUGCAUUGGAUGAAAGACCGUUUCGAAUGCGAGAUACUGACAAACUCUUCGACUGGCCUGCAUGUGCACGUUGGCGAUUCUACCGGUUUCUCGCUGGAAACUGUCAAGCGUGUCACACAAAUCGCCAGUAUACAUGAGCGAAAUCUCGACUUACUACACAACGGGAACCGAAUCUUGAAUAUUAUGGCAGCCGCUCAGCGGGAUCCACAUAAUCUCGUCCAAGAGCCGUUGUACGCUGGUCUAUCAUUCUUCCAUGCUUCCGCGGACAACAACACCGCUGGUGUGGACGAAGAGAUAUUCAGCAUGCUCAAGGUCAUGGUAGUUAUCGAGGCCAAAAACUCAAUCGCUGCUCUCGGAACGCAUGUGAACCGGGUAGUUUAUCAGAGCCAGAGGAUCAGGGGACACGACUGUACCCUCAACCUCGAUAACUUGUACCCCGAUCCCGACGCUUCCCGCCAUGCGCCGCCUCGUUCAGGAACGAUCGAGUUCCGACAACAUGCCGGUGAUCUGGACGCAACAGAGAUCACAUCCUACAUCAAGCUGUUGCUUACACUGACGGAGUUUUGCACGCACGCUGCCGACGCUGACAUCAUGGCCCUCGUGGCUAAUGGCCUGUAUACUUCAUUCAAGCUCCGGCAAUUCCUGGAGUACAUUCAUUGCGAUGGCCAGAUCGUCGAGCAUUUCUGCAAUCGUCCUGCACGAGACCAGACCACUGCACCAAACCCGUCUUUACAGCCUCUGAUGAACGUAAACCAUGCCGAGUCCGAGCGCAGCAGAAGCGUUGACGCUACCGCGAGCGCUAUCCAGGAGAAGAAACUCACCGAGACUUAUGGCAUCGACUUUACAGUAUCCGGCAAGAUCCCCUUGGGCGUUCCACAUUACAAGUGGAUGCUGGACUGCGCCGAACAAGACAUCAUUUCAGACGUGGUUCCUCCGCCUCAAGACAUCAAGUCUCAGGCUCGACAAGUGGUCUUCCGCAAGAUUUCCGAGAUUUAUGUUGAUCUUGAUGAUUCGGAAGAUCUGGACCAACCCGGUAUCCCCCACGCCCUGGAUCCAUGGAUGCUGAAGUACGGCAUGCCUCCGGGUGAUGAUGACGACUCUGAGUGA